AUGACCCAUGAUGUUAUGUGUGACUUUCCUAAAGUAAAGGACAUAUCUGAAUGGCAGAAGCUAUGUUCAUGUUAUAGAUUUCAUUCAGAAGAGGAGUAUAAAUUAGAUUGGUGGUUCAGUGUAAUUGAUUGGAUUUGUGCAAAUAAUAAUUCUUUCUUAGUCAAUAUUAAAGAUGUAAGGAAAACCUGCCAAAAACAAUUUAAGGAGUGGCCAAUUGAGAUCUUAUGUUUACCAAAUAUUUUUAGAGCACUUGUCAAUAAACGGAAGAUUGUUGAAUUGGAUUUAGUUUUGAAUAAAAUGGAACUUAUAUGGGAAGAAGCAUCCAAAGCACAAUUAGGAAAUUAUAUACAAAGAAGUAAUUCAAAAUUGAAAUGGUUGGGAUCUCUUUUUGGUAAAUUAUAUUCUAAUUUUGAUGAAGAUAUCAGUUAUGUGAGUAUAUCAGAAACUCCUAUUGAAAAUGAGAAUACACAAUUUAUUUGUAUAUCCAUGAUUAAGAAAAAGUUUUGCAAAUUUUUCCAAGAUUUGAAUGAUGGUAUAAUUGGGGUUAUAUCAUCUGUUUCAGUUGACGAACAGAUUACUAUAUCUAAAAGUAAACUUGUUGAUUAUGUUUCGAAGAAUUAUGAGAUGAUACAAGAAAUUCCUUGUAGCAACAUUGUAGAUGUUAUUAUAUGGUAUAUGAUGAUCUUUUCUCCUCAUCAAUGGGUAGCUAAACCCUUUACUACAUGUUCUCCAAUAUCUAAAACAACCAUUCAUGCUGUGAAAUUUCAAAAAACUUCAACAGCAAGACAAGUACUAAAGUGGAGUGAAGUUUCUAUAAGCGAAUCUGAUCAGGCUGAAAUUUUGUUAAUCGCUACAGAGGAAAAUUUGAAUAGAACACUUGCAAAUCUUGAGGAGAAGUACUUAUUCCAUGAUAGGAAAUGUAGGGAGUAUGCACUUGCAGACCAGAAACAGCUGGCUAUUAAUCACUUAAAACAGAAACACAAUAUUGAGAAGGCUUUGAAUGAUAUCAAUGAACAGCUUUUAGUUCUGAGUAAUUCCAAGGUUAUCAGGGAUUCUUCUACUGUAAAGAUGUCAGUAUUAAGUGCCUUAGAAUCAUCAUCAAAUGUUACAAAACUUAGUCUAGAUGAAAAUGAGGCUUUGAAAAAAGUGGAAAAUAUUGCAGAAGUACAAGAUGAACUGCAAAAUUUACAAAGAUCUAUAGAUUCUCUUGUAAAGACAUGUAUAUCUGAUGAUAUAGAACGUGCAUCUGAAGAUAUAGAGUUGGAGAAAGAAUUAGAUACUUUGCUUACCAAAGUAUAUAUUGAAAAUAAGCUAGAAAAAAGUACUAUGAAGUUUAUGGGGAAUGAAGUAGAUAAAAGUAAUAUCUCAAAUACAAAACCACAAGAUAAAAUUUCGAAAUAUGAGGCUACUGAAAGUUUUAUACCCCUAAAUUCCUAA